AUGCCAUCAACACCUCCACAGACUCCUGUUUUUGACAAGGGUAGGAAGCCUGAUCUGAAUGCUACUACCAACUCUCUUUUCGACGUCUCUACAUUUAAUUCCACCACCCUCGAUGAGGAUGAUACAUUAAACGAGAAUAAAGACCAAAACCCAUACUAUUCCCCUACUUCUCCUGUUGCACUUUCAGAGUUUCUUCCCUUUUCUUGCGACAAAAAGGAACCUCAAGAACAGAAAACACCUACUACAUCCUUUUCGUACGAUAGAUACCCACUAAAGUCGGAAAGACUUCGAAACUUUGUACUAUCUUCAUCGGUGUUUCAUAUCCGGUUGGUGGACCGUCUUGGAAAAGGCACAAACUCGUAUGUAUUUGAAGCCAUAAUGAGUUCACAAGGUGGAAGUGAACUUGAAGUGGCUGUGAAGAUUCCAGUGAGUAGAAGCCGGGUCAAAUCUUUGGAGAGAGAAACGGAAUUUAUGCUUCUUUUGAAGAACUUUCGAUUAAAUUCUAACGAAAACUCAGAUACGUUUCCCUUUGUGAUUCCCUAUGGCUUGUACUAUCUCAAUCGUGAGAGUUUUGUUAUGAUGAGAAAGAGAGAUGAGUUACCAUGCCUUGUUAUGAAGAAGAUGGAUUGCACAUUGACUGAUUACAUAAGGGUGUGCGGCAAAAGUGCGUUACCGGAGCACAUUGUCAUUAGCGAAGAACUUUGGUGGUAUCUUUGUGGCGUUCUUUUGCAUGCACUUCGUAUAUUAAGGGUUCUCAGCUCAGUGCAUUGUGAUUUAAAGACCGAUAAUGUGUUGGUUUCAUUACAGAAGAACAGUUGUUCCCUUCAAUUUAAGGUCAGUGACUUUUCCUCAUCUUCUAGAGUGGAGGAUAUGGAUAGCAUGCUGGAAACUACUCCCCAAUUUGCUCCACCGGAGCUUUUGAAUACAGGUGAUCCUCUUGCGAGAGCCUGUACCCAAACAGACCUUUUCAGCUGUGGUCUUAUUCUUCUAAACGCUGCCACCGGAAAGGCACCCUACCAGGCAUACUCCUACGACCAGUUCUAUAUGAUCUCUCUCGUUAAAGAAAACAAGGCAUUGGAACUUCUGGACCGUGAAUCCAUCAAUAUUCUCCGCAAGAAUACAGCUAUUUCGCAGCUGAUUCACAUGAUCGUUAAGGAUCGCUGUACUUUGGAUUCCGCUGUCGACUACUUCCAUCAACAUCAAAAUUUGGGAACUUUACACGUUGCUUUAUAG